UCACCCAUCUCGCUCAGUUCGUAGCCUGUGCUUGUAUCUUCAGUCGGUGUCGGUCCCCCUUUCUCUCUGUAUCUUCAUCUCUCUCUUCCAUGGAAGGAAACUCAGAGCUGUCACCCGAAUCAGAAACAACAGCUGGCAUCAUUGCCGGAAAGUUGAACGAACUGCUGACGGAGGAUGACGGCAAUGACGACCUGUCGUCAGAGUUGUUCAUCAAAGAAGAAAUGGUAGCAAAGUUCAUGCAAGAGCUGUACAAGGAAAUCACGUGUCCCUCUACUUCCACUAACCCCAACAAAAAGGCGAACGAUUUUCCGCCACCAACACUGUCUUCUUCAUCUUUGUCGACCUCGUCAUCGUUUGCAUUGACAGUUCCGUUCGCCGAAUGGAACGGCAAGAGUGAGAGUUGUGGGACGUCGGUGUCGGAUCCGGUGUCCACACUGAUGGCAGGCAUGGAGUAUUUUGGGCCAGCGGCCAAGAUGGGUUCGCCGCAGAAUGGGUUUUGUGGGGGCGCAGUAGAAGAAGUUGGAGGGUGUAAUUACAGGCCGGUGGCGGUGGGAGCAAAGGAAGGUUUUGGGGAGAGCCAAGUGGACGGGUGUGAUGUUGGGGAGUUGGAUGAUGAGUGGCUAGGAAGGGUACUCAGCUGGGACCCAUCGCUGCUUGAGGAUCACUGCAUUUGAAAGCUUGUGCAGGUCCCAAAAAGAGAGGUUCCUGCCUUCCCUUCCUCUGUUUCCUUUCACUUUUUGCCACUUAAAGUUAAAGGCACGUGCAUGGUGUGAUCAAACUUUCUGGGAUAUAUGGGGAGGCGUUUUCAGAUGAUGAUAAUGAAGAAGAAGAAGAAAAACCCUAGCUGGAUCAGGAUUCGGGAACCCUAACGUAAUUUACAACUUCUGCACAAAUUCCUACUGUCCCUCUCAACCAGACCAGAAAUCACGUGUACCGAAUUUAGCAAACCCCUACUUUUC